CGCUGUCACUCAGCCAGUGCUGGGCCCAGGAUUGGCGGCCCGGCCCCGUUACGCAGUUGCCUGGCGUUCACAUACUCGGGGAGGGCAGUAGAAAGGUGAUCAAUCUUCAUCAGGCUACAUUUCCAAUCACCUAAACAACCGAGCAAGACAGCCACUUCGACAAGGUUUACGGCCAGAGGCCCGGGCUCUUCACUCUCAUGCGCCUGAAUUAUCUGGUUAUCCGUCCCAGAAGCUGAGUGCAGAGACUCUGGGCCCACGAACCUAUUGGAGCCUUUCCUGACACUUGGGACUUCGUUGUGAGAAUCUCCAGCCGGUGACUGGCCCCCUCUGGAUCCUUCGGGGCCCCACUACCCGGCUGUUAGCAUGAUGUCUUACCUCAAACAACCCCCCUACGGCAUGAAUGGGCUGGGCCUGGCAGGGCCAGCCAUGGAUCUGCUGCAUCCCUCAGUGGGAUAUCCCGCCACUCCUCGGAAGCAGCGUCGAGAACGAACUACCUUCACACGUUCACAGCUGGAUGUAUUGGAGGCACUUUUUGCCAAGACUCGAUACCCAGAUAUUUUCAUGAGGGAAGAGGUGGCCCUUAAGAUCAACUUACCUGAGUCCAGAGUCCAGGUAUGGUUCAAAAACCGGCGAGCUAAAUGCCGACAGCAGCAACAGAGUGGAAGUGGAGCCAAAAGCCGGCCCACCAAGAAAAAGUCUUCACCUGCUCGAGAGAGCUCAGGCUCGGAAAGCAGCGGCCAGUUCACACCACCUGCUGUGUCUAGUUCGGCCUCAUCCUCUAGCUCGGCUUCUAAUUCAUCUGGAAACCCUGCAGCAGCAGUAGCAGCAGCAGCCCUGGGAGGAAACCCUGCAGCAGUGGCCGCAGCAGCUGCAGCUUCGUCUCUGAGCACCCCUGCUGCCUCCUCCAUCUGGAGCCCUGCCUCGAUCUCCCCAGGCUCAGGUCCGUCGUCCGUCUCUGUUCCAGAGCCUUUGCCAGCACCCAGCAAUACAUCCUGCAUGCAACGCUCUGUGGCCGCAGGAGCUGCUUCAGCCGCAGCUGCUUCCUAUCCCAUGUCCUACGGUCAAGGCGGUGGCUACAGCCAGGGUUACCCUGCACCUUCCUCUUCUUACUUCGGUGGUGUAGACUGUAGCUCCUAUCUGGCACCGAUGCACUCCCACCAUCACCCGCAUCAGCUCAGCCCCAUGACCCCCUCCUCCAUGUCUGGUCAUCACCACCACCACCACCCUCACCACCCAUUAAGCCAGUCUUCCAGUCAUCACCAUCACCACCACCAUCACCAUCAUCAGGGGUAUGGCAGCACGGGGCUUGCCUUUAACUCCUCAGAAUGCCUCGAUUACAAGGAGCCUGGAGCCACUGCAGCCUCUUCCGCCUGGAAACUCAACUUCAAUUCACCCGACUGUCUGGACUAUAAAGACCAGGCCUCUUGGAGGUUCCAGGUCUUGUGAGAAAGAGAAAGAGAGAGAGAAAGGGAGACUGAGUGAGAGAGAAGACCGGAGGAGAAGAAACGGGAAACUAUCAAUUCCACCACCUCCCCUCCAGCCCUGCUGCUGCUGCUGUUGUUCCUCCUCUUUCUUUGACCUCUCCAGAACGAUAUGCUUCAUUGUUCCAAAAAGAUCCCCAUGCUCUCCUCGUUGUUCUCGCCCUCACCCUUUGAAUCUGUGUGCCACCUGCUUCACGGGGAUGUUUAAACUUGCAACUCUUGCGAGAAGGGACACCUGUCUCCACCUCACUCACCUGUUACCUGCUGGGCAGGAAUUGCUGUUUCCCCCUUAUGCUCCUGCUAUGCCCCUAAAUCUCCCUUACAUUCUUUCUGGCCAUGCAACUACAUACUCCCAGGCUUCCAAGACAAUUGGUCCUGACUCACUGUUUGAACCUAAUCAGUUUAUUUAUUGUCUCGGGACACUGGGAUUAUUAACUGGUGCUUCUAAAGUACGAAGAGGAUUUAGCAGCCACUCCAGCCAAACAUCACCAAGAACAAAAGGCCAUUAGCGGACCCAAACUCCCCUUCAACCUUCUUCUCCUACUUUAGUCCCAGACUGCUGCCCAAACCCGCCCUCUAGUUUUUCUCCUCCACUUUCCCCGGGCUGUGAAUUCGAGACGCGGGCCUGGGAGCUUGGACAUUUCGGGACUAAGUCAGUGGCUGUAUCUAGUCGAAGUGGUAAAGCCCCGCCUCGCCCCGCCCCUCUCUUCCUCUGGCCAGCAGCUCUGGUUUGGGAUUCUGCCGCAGCCGAGCGGUGGGAAUGGUGUAAAUAUUCAGGUCCGUUCCGGGGACCAGUUAUUCUUUUUAGUUGCUGUUUAUUGAAUUGAACCUAUCUUGAGUCUUAACACCCAGGAAACAGAUCUUUAAGAUAUAUACUGCAUAAAUAUAAAUAUAAAUAUAAAUAUAUAUAUA